GAGCCCUGAGCGGCCCUGCACGAGGCCCGGCCAUGCCGCCCGUCCGUGCCGGCGGUAAGGGGGCCGUGGUGCUGCAGUGCGAGUGGCAGCAGUGCUCCUUCGUGGCCUCGGAGAUGGAGGAGUUCUGCGGGCACGUGGCGCAGCACCUGCAGCAGCAUCUCCCCGCCGAGCACCGCGACGAGAUGGACCCUCUGGAGGAAUACACGUGCCUGUGGCAGGACUGUGGCUUCUGCUCCCUGGAGAGCUCGGCCGACCUGGUGCGCCACGUCUACUUCCACUGCUACCACACCAAACUGAAGCAGUGGGGGCUUAGGGCCCUGCAGAGCCAGGCCGACGUCAGCCACUGCCAGCUGGACUUCCAGAGCCGGAAUAUCAUCCCUGAGAUCCAGGAGAACUUCCUGUGCCUCUGGGAGUACUGCGAGAGGUCGUUUGACAACCCCGAGUGGUUCUACCGGCACGUGGAGGAUCACAGCUUCUGCUCCGAGUACAAGGCGGCAGGGAAGGAGAACCACGUGGUGCUCUGUGGCUGGAAAGACUGCAACUGCAGCUUCAAGGGCCGCUGCAAACUGCGGGAGCACCUGCGCAGCCACACGCAGGAGAAGGUGGUGGCCUGUCCCACCUGUGGGGGGAUGUUUGCCAACAACACCAAGUUCUUCGACCACAUCCGCCGCCAGACCGCCCUGGACCAGCAGAGGUUUCAGUGCUCCCACUGCUCCAAGAGGUUUGCCACGGAGAGGCUGCUCCGCGACCACAUGAGGAACCACGUGAACCACUACAAGUGCCCCCUGUGUGACAUGACCUGCCCGCUGCCCUCCUCGCUGCGCAACCACAUCCGCUUCCGGCACAGCGAGGAGCGUCCCUUCAAGUGCGACUACUGUGACUACAGCUGCAAGAACCUCAUUGACCUGCGGAAGCACCUGGACACGCACAGCAAGGAGCCGGCGUAUCGCUGCGAGUUCGAGGCCUGCAGCUUCUCGGCACGGUCCCUGUGCUCCAUCAAACUGCACUACAGGAAAGUCCACGAGGGUGACUCAGAGCCCCGGUACAAGUGCCACGUGUGUGACAAGUGCUUCACACGGGGGAACAACCUCACUGUCCACCUCAGGAAGAAGCACCAGUUCAAAUGGCCCUCGGGGCAUCCUCGCUUCAGGUACAGGGAGCACGAGGACGGCUACAUGAGGCUGCAGCUGGUGCGCUACGAGAGCGUGGAGCUCACAGAGCAGCUGCUCAGGGACAAGGAGAAGCGUGGGGAGGCUCUGGAUGGCUCCAGCGAGUGCCUGGUGCUGCCUGAGGGCGAAGGCAACCUGCAGGGCAUCCUUCUGGAGCCGCCAGCAAACCCUGCCCCGGCAGAGAACAGGAUCUCUGAGCUGCCCGUGCCCCCAGCCCUGAGCUCUGCUCCCAGCCCUGAGCCAGCACAGUCAAGGUCCUGCCCAGGAGCUGCCUCCUCCUCCUCCUCUUCCUCAGAGCAAGGAGCCAGCAGCACAAGCAGCCCCAUCAUCCGUGUGGUGAACAGGACCAACGAGCAGGGCCAGAGCGAGACUGUCUAUUACGUGAUGGCCAGCACGGCCUCGGGAGAGCAGGGCACAGCAGCCCUGGCUGUGGAGCUGGAGGAGAACGUCAUGGACAGGCUGCAGAAAACGGCCGAGGAGCUGGGCAUCCAGAUCGUGUGAGGGGCUGGGCAUCCAGAUCGUGUGAGGGGCUGGGCAUCCAGAUCGUGUGAGGGGCUGGGCAUCCACAUCCUGUGAGGAGCUGCCUCUCUGCAGGAGGAGAAUUUCAGCCUCCUUGGGAUGUGCUGGAGGAGUGCUUGGGGAGAGAGCUGGGCCUGAAUUCAGCACAGCCUCGUGGGUGCUGGUUCUGCUCAGCAUGGGGAGAGGGGAGGGACAGAUCUCCCAGGCGUGAAUCAAGUGAUCUGAGCGGCAGAGAGCUGUGUGCCUCCUCCUCUUGGGGGCUAGGGGCUGUCAGGCUUGUCCCAGCCCUCUGGGAGGUUUGGCCUAGGCCUGGCAGGGUGGGGUGGUGACCAGCUGUGCCCUUCUGAGCCUGUUCCCCGGGCAGGAUGGUGUGUGCAGCACACACCGUGCUCCUCUUCCCUGGGAGCAUGUGUGGCCUUUGGCAGGCCUGUCCUGCCCUGUCCAUGCCUUCUCCACGCCUUCCUGCACACAUUCCCUGUCUCCCCUGGUGCUGGUGUUUGCCUCCCUGAUCCCAUAAAACCAGCGCUGGUCUCUGGCAGGACAGUGCUGGAGGUGCUGUCCCUUGCAGGCCACUGCAGCCCUGGGACAUUGGGAGCUUCCUGCUGUUUUUGGCAUCCCCUGGGCGUCCUCCCCACAUUGGGGUUUGGGCUCCUGGGUGGGCAAAGCGUGCUUUGGCAAGACAAAUAAACGUCAGGCUGCCAGGCCCA